AUGAAGUUCCAAUCUACUUCCAGGGUGCUGGCAAUUCUCCCAAUCCUACUCCCGCUCAUAAAUGCCGCGCCGGCUCGCAGGGCUGAUGCCUCGACGAACAAUCCUGGCCUGAGAGGCUCCGAAGCAUUGGUCGGGUACUCGUCUACUGAGAAGAUCGCCACUGGGUCAGCACCAGAUAUCAAGUAUUCCCUCCUGCCGGGGCAGAAAAAUGACCCAGACAUUGGAACAUACUUGGACUUCGAGAAUGUUGAGAACCCUCAGCCGAUUCGAGGUACCACCGGCUCUGAUGACCCUGGUCCACGCAAUUACUACUAUGACCGUAUCAACAGUGACAAGCUGGCACCCCCCGGCACUGACAAUGGCCAAACAAUCAAUGCGCAGUGGCCUCUUGGCCUGAGCCAUAACCGACUGGGAAUCGACAAUGCUGGCUGGGCUCGUCAAGAGAACACGGUAGUGAUGCCAGAUGCUACGGAGAUGGCCGGUGUGGACAUGCGACUGGAACCUGGAGCCUAUCGGGAGCUUCAUUGGCAUGUUGCUUCUGAGUGGUCUAUUAUCCUGAACGGUUCAUGCCGCAUUCAGGCUGUUAACGAGAACGGAGAAACUUUCGUUGACGACUUGACUGCGGGAGAUAUAUGGUUCUUUCCACCUGGCAUUCCUCAUUCUAUCCAAGCGCUCGAUGUAGGCGUUGAAUUUCUACUCGUGUUUGACCAAGGUGACUUCGACGAAGAUAAUACUUUCCUUGCCACCGAAGUCUUCCUUCACAGUCCGAAAGAAGUUCUAGCAAAGAACCUUGGGGUCACUGUCUCGGCCUUCGACGACAUCCCAGAUGAUGAGCUGUAUAUCUUCAAGGGAACUGCAGCCCCGGCCAAUAUUGAGGAGCAGAACGUUACAACAUCCUCGGGCGUUAUUCCUCGAACUCAAAGCUACUCUUACCAUGCCUCGGAACAGCCCGCCCACGAGGUCGCGGGCGGAUCGGUCAAGAUUGUGGACCCCCUCACAUUCCCGGUCGCCAGUAACUUCUCAUCGGCGAUUGUGACAGUAAAUCCGGGAGGAAUGCGAGAAAUUCAUUGGCAUCCAUCGAGCGAUGAGUGGACAUUCUUCGUCAAGGGACAAGGUCGCGCAACGCUCUUCACUGCUCCUAACACGGCAAACACCUUUGAUUACCGAGCUGGUGACAUCGCUUAUUUCCCAAAGUCCAACAGCCACUACAUCGAAAACACUGGUGACGAAGAAUUAAUGUUUGUGGAGGUACUACAAGCUCCGGAGUUCACAGAUAUGGCCCUUGGCCAAUGGAUUGCCUCUACGCCAAGGCAAAUCGUAAAAGACACCUUGAACCUGAGUGACAGCACUCUGAGUCAGCUGAAGACAGAAAAGCAGUAUAUUGUUGCCGGCUCUACGAGCGACUGA